UGGUAGCUGGAGUCAGUGGUCGUCAUGGCAACCAUGCAGCAUGACGUGUGGAAGGGGAAACAGAACACGCAAUCGCACAUGUUCUAAUCCAGCGCCAAAAUGGAACAGGAAGGAUUGCCAUGGGACAAAUAUCUUCACAGAGAGCUGCAAUUUGCACAAAUGUAAAGAAGGUAAUUUUCUCCACAACAAUGAGACUUAUCAUGGUACUGGUGAAUCCUCUUUGCUACUGGUAGCGAAGAUUGUGGGCAGCUCCCUUUUGGCUUUACUUUGUUUAAGUGGAUUACUGUGGUUUGCCUUAAGAUAUCGCAGAAGAACUCGAUCUAAUUCAGAACUCUUAGAUCCGUGGGAAGUCCUUUUUGAUGACAUUUCCUUGCAUAGAAUCAUUGGAGAAGGGGCUUUUGGAAAAGUGUACAGAGGCCAGCUUCUAAAACAAACUAUGGAGGUUGGAAAAGGAAGGAAAUCGCCGCGUAAGACGGACAAGAAACAACAACAAACGAAAGAGGGCCUGACCGUUGCUGUGAAAAUGUUGCAAAAUGGCGCUGCGGAAGAACAAAUACAAGAAUUUCGAGAGGAAAUACAGCUCAUGAAACAAAUCGGGUAUCACCGAAACAUAUUGAAUUUAUUGGCCUGCUGUACUAUGACAAAUCCCAUGUUCCUUGUAGUGGAGUUUGCAAAGAAUGGGGAUUUACUUCACUACCUCAGGAAAAGAAGAGAGCAGAUCAAGCAAGCUUUUGAAGCGAUGGGAGAAGCAGCGCCUCAGCACUCAAGAUAUCAAAACAUGGAGGUCAUAAAUGAAGGAAGCUUAUAUGACUUCACCAGUGGAAAAAACAGAUGCGAAACAAUCGCUCAUCGGAGUAUCCGAGAUGACAGUGAACCAGAAAGGGAUUUCAUGACAAAUAGAGACAACUUACAUGACGAUGAUACUCUCACACCCGCUGACCUAACGACGUUCGCAUGGCAGAUAGCGAAGGGAAUGUUUUUGUCAGGUAAAGGAUUCGUCCAUCGUGACCUAGCGGCGAGAAAUGUUCUCGUUUGUGAAGGCAAGCUAGUGAAGGUAGCUGACUUUGGAUUGUCGCGUAACGUGUACGUUGGGAAAGUGUACCAUGCUACAAAGUCCAGAAAGCUGCCAACCAAAUGGAUGUCACCGGAAGCCAUUCAUGAUCAAGUGUUUAACGCAGAGAGCGACGUGUGGGCGUAUGGUAUUCUACUUUGGGAGAUUUUAACAAUCGGUGGGACUCCAUAUCCUACCAUCAGCAAUCAUAAACUUUUGGGGGCUCUGAAAUCUGGAUACAGAAUGGACAAACCACAAAUGUGCUCGGAUGAGAUGUAUGAAUUGAUGCGACAGUGUUGGAAAGAAAAUCCCGCUGAAAGGCUUUCAUUCACUGUCAUCCGGGGACAACUGGAACGGAUGAUGUUAAACCAUUGUCCUUAUUUGGAUAUGGCUGACACAAACUAUAGUUACGCACCCUGUUAUGACGCUGACAGUAACAAAGAAACGGGACUGGAAAAUACUGCUUUGUAACUUACACGUUGACUUGCAAGUUACAGUUAACUUGCGUGUAAAAUUUUUCGACAUGAUCUUUCUCCCAGCAGUACAAGUAAAUUUAUACUCCUUCCAGGACACAAAGGGGGUCCACCCAUUUUGUUUACGCCCUAGACAUAUCAAGUUUAUUGCUGAGAGCGAGCGUAGAGAGCGAGCAGCAAAAUGGUCAAAAUUUUAGAACAAUAUAU